GGUAGAUAACGAGCGUUUCAAUAAGUAUCGAACAUGCGCGGCGCGGGCGGUAGAGGCGACGGCGGCGGAAAGUGCAAUUCAGCAAUGCACCCCUCCUCCGUCGCGCCUGCCGCUCGGCGACCAGCGGCCGCGGCGAGGGUCCGCGAGGCAAGGGAAGCCCUCGGGGCGCUGGAGACGGGCAGUCGCGUGUAGGCAGCGGGUAUGGGCAUGGACAGGCUACCAAACUCAAAAAUGGUAGUGAAGCUUCUCUUGUGGCUCUUCGCCACACUAUGCAUCAGUAAUGGAUUCAGUGAAGUAGAAGGCAUCAACACUCCCAUAGUUAUUGCUGAGACUAAGGGAGUGCAAAUAAAACUAUCAGAAUCCAAAAUUUCGUUGGGCAAUUUGCAAGUGAAAUUUGAAGUAAAUUUGCCGUCUAUGGACUUUAAAUUAAAUAUUAAUCAGUCUGUCUGUCCGGCCCAUAUCCCGGAAAACUCAAUGCGUGCCUGCCAAACCCUAACUAGAAUAGAUAUGAUGUCAGAAAAACUCUUAUUGGAACUACAAACAAUUUUUACCAGAACUGAUGAUUUAACCGAUCUAAAUUCAAAAAGAACCAAACGGUCUCUCCUUCCUAUUCUGGGAGAAGGGUUUGGCUGGCUGUUUGGCAUGACAACGGAUAGGGAGUUAAAUAGAGCAAUAAAGGCAACAAAUACUUUAGGACAAAAUUUAAAAGAAUUAUCCGAUUCUCAUCAAAAUCUGAUCACUGCUUCUCAGCAGAACUUUGAAACCCUGAAAAAACAUCAAAUUGAACUGGAACAAAACUUGAAGUACUUCUCUGGAGUUUAUAAUUCAUUGGUAAAGGAAAUCGGUCAACAGGGUAAUACAUUUGAUGUAGUGGUGCUAAAAAUGGUAAGCACGCAAACUUUGUUUAAUAAAAUUAAUAUCUUGCAAUCACACCUGUUGGCCUUACGUUCCAUUUAUGACAAAUGUCAAGAUAACUUGCUUCCAAAAAUUGUGGUGGAUCCCGACACCCUGCGAGCAGCUCUCAGCAAAGAGCAGGGAGUGCUGGAGGGGCAUGCUAUGCAACUUGCAUUUAAUUUGGAAAAUGUGGCCGAAUAUUAUCGUUUAAAAACAGUUUCAUGCAAAUUAAUCAAUAAGAGUAAAUUAGAAAUUUCUCUAGACGUGCCACUCAAAGAUGCUCGGGCAGAAUGGAGGGUGAUGUCAAUCGAACCGGUUAAGUUUUUGUUGGGGGGGCAGACAUGUCAAAUUGUAAAAGACAGAGUACUGAUUGCGACAAAUGGUAUCGAAAUUAGAGAUUUAACUGAUGUACCCAAGGUUGGCGGCCUGGAUGUUUAUGUGUUGCCGAGGCAUAAUUCACAAUCCAGUUUGUCCACUUGUAUUCAACGGCUGCUGAAGCAGGCCGAUGUAACAGAUAUCGCGAAUGCUUGUGACCUGCACUGUGCAGACACAUUUUACUCGUCCGUACAAUUACUAAGCAAAACUAAAUAUUCAAUUUUAAAUCCCGGAUCGACAAUUGCUGUCAUCUGUGGUAAUAACUUUCUAAAAAAUAUUGACCCUUUAAUUAACGGACGAGUGGAGAUUGUAGUGCCAUGCCACUGCACUGUGCAGGAGACAAGUGGCUCGCAGCUAACGCUUGUGUCAGCGCUCAGAACGUGUAAUUUAAAUCUUAAUGUCAACAAUACCGUUUCGAUUAAUAUGGAUUGGGCUUCGGAAGGUUUCGAGCCCUAUCAGUUGUUCAUUACUGAACGUACCUAUGAGAAAUAUAAAGUACAAAAUGUGACCAAUAACGCGCUGUCGUUAAUCAAAUUGGAGAAGUUUAAUGGUAAAAAUAUUUCAAAUUGGAAAAAUAUUCCCAUCACUUCGAGUGGAUGGGUUGAAAUCUGCCUUUGGUUCACAAUUAUCACCUGUCUGUGCGGUAUAGUAUAUUGCUAUGUAAAAUUCCGCUUUCCAUGGAUUAACUUCAAUUCUUGUGUGAAUAAGUCACCUGAAAUAAAAUCGUGUCCUCAUGACGAGAGUAGUACGAAUAAAAGAGAAGGUAAAACUCCAGUACCUGCCAGAAGGUUUGGCAGUGUUUUUAGUAUACAAUCAGCGUAAAUGCAAUUAAAAUUCGAAAAAAAAGAAAAAAAAAAAAAAAAAAAAAAAAAUAAAAAAUGAGUGAAUUGUUAUUUUUUUUUUAGUUUUUAGAUUAGGGACCAGCCAGGUGGGAAAGUAGUCGACAACUGGACCUCUGUAUGACCCAUCAUGUGAUCAACAACGCUACGCUGGCGACGAGUCGACCCCAGGCCCAGGAGGGCCACCACUCCAUCCAGAGGGAAUUCCACCGACCGUCGUCACCAGGGGGUGUCGAUCAGCUCCACCUGGGCGAGGCGCGGCGCUAGCCAAUCACCAGCCGGGGUCCAUGCCGAGAAGAUUUAGUUGACAAUCAUUGUUGCAAAAAUUGGAAAGAAGAUAUAAACAAUAUAUAUAUAUGAAGAAAUUGGUUUACAUUCACUUACUACCACUGUGAAUGUAAAUAUGAAGAAACAAAAGUAUGUUUACAUACUAAAGAAGAAGCAAGGCAUGGACCAGAAAUUGUCAUAUUAAACAUCAACCGGCCCAUCGAGGGAAGUCCAGCCGCCUCUUUCUCUAGUCCUGUAAGGAGUGAGAAAGUUGUUUGGUAACCUGUUCGGAAGGUGUUAGGCACGCCGUUCAGGUUAGACUACCUGACUUUGUAUACAAAGUCAGGUUAGUUCUGGCCCAUCUCGACAUUUAUCACCUGGGAUGAAGAGACAACCCCAGAGGCAGCGUCGCAGUCCGCCAUCAGUCAUACAGAGGAAAGGUCUAGAUGAAAAUACUUGCCUGGCGAGAAGAUGUAGAAAAAUAGGGACAUGAACCACUAAGACUUAUUGGUUUUGUAUUGUUUGAUUUGAGUUUUUUUUUGUUCUUUUUUUUAGUGCACCUUGUGUUUGUGCCUGUAUGAUUUUUUUCUUAGUGUACCUUGUCUUUGAGACGAAUUGAUUUGAAUUUUGCAGUGUAGUAAAUAUAGGAUUUGAUUUUUUUUUGUAGUGUGGCAUGUUGUUUCUGCAUACAGGAUUUGUUUUUGUAGGGUAGCAUGUGUUUUGUUCAUGCGGAAAUACUUAGAUUUUUUUUUGGCAUUGUAGCCAUUAUUUGUGCGUAUAUGAUUUGAUUUUUUGCAGGUGUAGCUUGCACUGGCAUGAUUUUAGUUUUACCUUGUUUAAUGUUAAGUUGUUGUAUAGAAAAAUAAGUUUCAUUCCACACUCACCGCCUUCAAUUCGUUUAUUUUAUUUUAUUUUGGUGUAUAACUUCCGUAUCUUUCUUUAGGGAUUUGUUUUAUUUGUUAUAAAAAAAAAUUGUCUUAAACUCAGUAGUUAACUUUCAUCGUAAAAGGGAUAGGACUAGAAGGGGUAGUCGGGGCGACUAUUUUUCCGGCGCCCUAGAUGUUAUAGGUAGAUAACGAGCGUUUCAAUAAGUAUCGAACAUGCGCGGCGCGGGCGGUAGAGGCGACGGCGGCGGAAAGUGCAAUUCAGCAAUGCACCCCUCCUCCGUCGCGCCUGCCGCUCGGCGACCAGCGGCCGCGGCGAGGGUCCGCGAGGCAAGGGAAGCCCUCGGGGCGCUGGAGACGGGCAGUCGCGUGUAGGCAGCGGUGAGUGUGGGAUAUUGUGCUGGUUGAAAGAGUGUUAAAUAAACCAAGGACCAGACGA